UGUUUAAAGCACAGGAAUGGCAGAAGCUGCAAAACAGUAUCCAAGAACACAGCUGUACAGAGAAAUUCUCCAAAGCUCAGCUGACAAGUGAGUUACUCUUCCUUUCCCCUUAUGAAUUGUUAUCUAUGUAUUUAGAACGCUGGUAUUUCAGUGAAUUCGGACUUUGCAUCAACUUAAGUGAAAGCAGGACUUUAAUCUUCUAGAACUGAAAAAAGAUUACAAGGAAUUGUAAUUGCUCUGCUUGCAUCACUUCAGAGGACUUUGUCUGCAAGUUAUGAUUUAGUAUGCUGCUGGAAAAUGGACAGUCUGUGACAAAUGAUGGAAGACUUUAAUGCAAACAGCCAAACUUCGUGGCCAGUUCUAGCCUCACGUUCUCAUUUGUACAGAACAAAAUAAAAGAUGCAUGUUCGGCUGAACUUUUCAUUCACUCGUUUGUUACAAAGACUUUCUAUCUCCACUUGGAGUAAAAUUUAUUUUUUUCCCUAAGGUUUUUUGUAAAAAGAUUAUGUGAAAGAAUUUAUAAAGAAUACCAUCAUAAGGGGAAAAUAAAUGACUGUGAACCACACAGAGCAAAAUCUGACAGUGUCCCAGAUUCCUUAUCCGGAAACAUGGUAUGUGUUUUAUGUAGACAAGUUUACCUGCGAGGAGAAUUAUUCUGAAUCCGAGGAUAUUCAGUUUGAAAUGGUCUUACUAAACCCAGAUGCAGAAGGGAAUCCAUUAGAUCACUUUAGCGCAGGGGAAUCUGGAUUACAUGAAUUCUUUUUCCUGCUUGUCCUAGCAUACUUCUUAACUGCUUGCAUAUAUGCGCAGUCCCUAUGGCAAACAAUUAAGAAACGUGGACCUAUGCAUACUGUAUUAAAGGUGCUAUCAAUUGCACUACUGCUGCAGGCUGGUUCAGCUUUUGCCAACUACCUGCAUUUCUCAAGUUAUUCUAAAGAUGGAAUAGGAGCACCUUUUAUGGGAAGUCUGGCAGAAUUGUGUGACAUAAUCUCUCAGAUACAAAUGCUGUAUUUAUUGUUGAGUCUGUGUAUGGGUUGGACAAUAGGCAGAAUGAAGAAAUCUUAUAGCAGACCUCUUCAGUGGGAUUCCACUCCAACAUCUACUGGCAUUGCUGUAGCAGUUGUUGUUACACAGAGCUUUUUAUUAAUUUGGGAGCAGUUUGAAGAUACUAAUCACCACAGCUACCAUUCACACCAUGGCUUAGCAAGUGGACUGCUUAUUGGCCUCAGAGUUGGCCUAGCUUUGUCCCUGGCUGCUGGUCUUUACCAGAUCAUCACAGCAGAGAGAAGCACACUGAAAAGGGAGUUCUAUAUCACGUUUGCCAAAGCCUGCAUUCUCUGGUUUUUGUGCCACCCAUGUCUUGCAACCAUUUCUGUAAUAUUCAGAGAAUAUCAAAGAGAAAAGAUGAUUACUAUAGGUGUUAUCCUGUGUCAGUGCAUCUCCAUGGUUAUCCUCUACAGACUUUUUCUAUCUCAUAGUCUAUAUUGGGAAGUAUCUUCACUGUCGUCAGUGACAUUGCCACUAACAGUAUCCUCUGGACAUAAAAAUCGACAGCACUUCUGAGAUGUUUAGGAAGAAUAUUUUAUGUAAUAAAUGUGCAAUAAUGACCUACCUACAUAUACAGAUAUUUUUGUCGCAGAUGCGAUACAUUGGUUUCAAUGGAAAACUGAAUGAUAAUAUCAGAGCUCUUCACUGACCUUCGCUCUGACAAGGUCCCUAGAUUAAUCUGUUAAAGUGCUAUGGAGUGGAAAAAUCCGAAAUCUAAAUACUUUUAUGAAGAUUGUUUAUGUGUAGCAUGUGGUGCUGUGCUAUAUGACAGAAAAACAGAUUGUCUCUUUUCUCUCCCAUUAACAGCCAUGAAAAAAUCCUACUUUUAUAUCAAUAUUAGGUUUGACGGUCUUACAAAACGAAAUUCUUAAAGUGACUACAAGCUCAAACAAGUCGGAAGGAGGCCAAUUGUGAAACUGGUGUGAUGCAUAAUGAUGAAUACAGGUUCUUUUUAUUUUUAUGCUUUAGAGAAAAUGCAUUUUUAUGUAUAAGUAUAAAAGAAGGGGAAACAAGGAGAAACAAAAGAGGGAGAGUCCUCUGGGAAACCUUUCUGAAAUGUUUACAAUGAACUGCAGGAAACUUUCUUGUAUAUUGGUGUAAAACAAAAGCUUUUUUUGCCACUACUGUUCAUGUUGGUUAAAAUUUUAAGGAGAAUGGCAAUAGGGCUUAUAUUUGUCUUUUUUUUGAAAUAAAGGUGACUGAAAAUCCUAGUAAUGAAGGUCUAAACAAUAUCUGAGAGUUAGAAGACAUAGCAACAUAAAGGUAAUUAAAACAGCCAGCUUGCAACUUCAAAAAAAAAAAAAAAAGGUGCGAGGGAGCAAAGAAAAUGGAAUGGGUGAUAUGGUACUAGAAUUUUAAUCCUGAUAUAAUUCAUUUCUCUUACAUUGAGGAUUCGAUCAUAAUUAAGCCAUAUACACAGAUUAAAUUAACAGAAGCAUUUCAAAUAAAUGUUGGUUUCAGUCAUCAACUACCCAUGAAUUCCUGCCCAAGGAUACUUAAUCAGGAUUAAAUUUUCUAUGAAUAAUUGAAAAACAAAAUACUCACUGGAUUUGUUAUAAUCCAUGUUGGCACUGGGUUCUAAGUAGUUGCCAUCUUCCAUCCAUUGUAAUAAAGCCAUAGUACUUUGUGAUGCCCUAGCAUUCAGAAACCAGUGUAAAUAUAUACUUUAUUGAAGUGCCUAUUUAUUGAGUAUGAUUAAAUCAUGCUGACAUUUUUUUUCCUUUAUAGUAAGAACGUUCUUAUUACCUCUGUGAUUGAAAUUUUUUUGGUCUGGAUUUAGUAAUUUGUUAAAUUUUAGACCUGUUGUCAUACAUGUGUGUUUCUUCGCAACAUCAUUUUUAUUUGCUAGUAAGUGAAUGUUCAUUUCUUCGUAAUAGUAUGUAUCUAAUUGUGCUUCUUUGAAAGCAUGAAGACGCAAAUAGUCUUAGUAUUUCUAUUCAUGUUUGUCUGAGUUGUGAACAUAGUUGAAACAUAAGUCUCUUCCAUUUUCAUUCAGAAGCAAAACUAGGCAUUUACCUUUGACUAAGGCAAAAUGGCAACAUGACAAAGUUGCUCAUUAAAUCAUCUCCUUUUUAUUGUUUGUAAUUCAGAUCAAGAAUGGCAGGUUGAGGCUGGAAAAGAUGAGAUAUUAUGUUUCACACAAUCUUCAGAAUGAUUAAAAGAUUAAUUAUUACAUUCCUCUGAUAACCACAUAAAAAUAUUAUUGGUUAAAACUUCAGUCUUUAUUUUCCUGCUUAUCUCUGUACUUUUCAUCUUCUCGAGAAGAAAGCAUCCUGUUUUUGAUAAGUCUCCAAUAAUGCAGUAGGAGAGUUCUAUCUGUCCUCAUAUAUAAGACAUGAAAGUCACACAUCAAAUAUAGAAUAAUUUUCUGAUAGAGACAAUAACUAUUUUAUAGUUUAUGAUCUGUUAUGAUAAAAGUUUUAAUUCUGUGCAGAAAAACUGCAUUUGACCCUUCAGAAUAGGCACUCAAUUUUAUUUCUCCAGAAAUAUUUUCUUACUUCCUGUAGUUCCUCUGACUCUAGUCUGUCAGUAUUAAGGUAAAUGGUAUCUUAAUUUCCUAUUGUAAAUGUAUCCUACAACAACUCAUAACAUGAAUUCAGCAUUCAUAGUUUAUGUGAGUAUAAAUAUAAAGUGUAAGAUGUUGUCUCUUAAUCUUUUCCAGAUUGUUCUGUAAGUCAAUAAGUAACAUUAUCCUCCUAGUUUGGCAUCAACUCCAAUGCUUUGAAAAUUUGAUUUUCAUAUUAGUGUAACCCUUAGCGAUUAAGUAUCAUUUUUCUCAUGGUAAGCCGUACCAAGGACAUGCAUCUCUGCUCAGGUCUAUUAGCAUUCUUUCAUAGCCAAUAUUCACCAGUUUUAUGUUGUUAAAUCAGUAAAACAUGCUGUGGCUAGUAGGUCAGUAUGAUAGCAAUAAUAUUCAGGAUGUCGGUUAAUACACUACGUGAUAUCAUUUAGGGGGGAGGUGAGGGAAGAAUCUUCAAAUCUGACUAAUUUACAAAGCUUCAUACUUGCCUGUGCUCUAGCUUGAAGCUUACUGUCUCUGGAUCGUACCUGAAGAAUGGUUUGAAUACAUGAAAGCCUCUGUCUUCUAGCUUGAAUUUCCCAUGAGAGCAACUGAAACUGCCUUGCUUUUUUCAUGCUUGUUUGCACAGUCACCUAUUUUCUCAAUUUGGUUUCAUAACCUCGUCUUGCAAGAAUAACUUCCAGCCUUCUUUCAUGAGUCUUUGAUCAGUGCAUUCGGACUGGAAAACUCUCUCUUGUUCUAAGAUUUACUUUGUGGAAAAAAGAGGGAGGAUGUCAAGAGUUAAAUCUCCUUCUGUCACAAGCUGCAGCUCUUGUAAAAAUCUGAGAAACUCAUGAUGAGCCUCCACACAGCUACGAACCAGGUGACAGCAGUGGACACAAACACUCCUUUAGUAUGCCCAGGGUCCCAGUAUCUAAAUAGGACAGAAAAGUCAAUGUGAAUGGUUUUGUGCCAGCUUGUGAAAGCUGCCACAUACCCAGCAGGAAAUUCUCAGCAGGAGAGCUAUAGGCAGAGUCCAGACUCCCUGCCAUCUAACCACUGCAAAGAGUGAAAUAUGUUCCCUGUAAAUGCAACGUGACCAGCUGCUAACCGUGCUGAAAGGAACUAUUUAGGUAAGGUUAAAUGGCGACAUUUUAUGUUAGUUGUUGUGCGUUACCUGCUUCUAUUUUAAAUAAGAUUGCAGUUACAGUGUGUACUAAUUCUAUUGUCUGUGAGUUUCAGUGUUUGGAGAAGAUAACUAUAUAUUGACAGAACUGCAAACUGAAGUUACUUAUGCUCUGAAGGAAUCUAUUUGUGUGUGUGUGAGAGAGGACAUUUCCUGGCCAAUCGUCAUCUUUUCUACUGGCACAGGUGCCAGUUAGCAUCAAUUGUGAUGUGUUAGUGAGGGUAGGGAGGAUCCCUGUUCAGGAGGAAAGAGAGUGAGAUCACCAAUUCAGUUUACAAGACCCCCCACAAGCUGUAAGGAGUAAUAACUUUCCAUUGCUACCAACCUGGACUUGAUUAGACCCAGUGAUGUAGAGGCUGGAACAGUUGUAGAGCUCAU